AUGGGCCCGGUGGAAUUCUCCCCUUGGCACCGCUACGAGGCUCGCGCGUUGAAUGAUGUGAAGCAGACAUUCUCCAGCUGGGACAAAUGCAUGCAAAAGGCAUAUUGCAAGUGGCCCGCCAUUAUCGGCAUCGUGAUCGGAGUCCUGGUCGUCGUCGGCAUCGCAUGGUGCAUCAUCGGCUGCCUGUGCUGUGGCUACACAUGCUGUAGGGGCUGCUGCUCCUGCUGUUCCUGCUGCGGCGGCGGCGGUGGUGGUGGACGACAGCGCCAUAAGUACGCCGACCCGCACCCGCCCGCGACCUACCAGCAGCCGCCGCCCAACCUGGGAUACCAGCCCGCCGCGCCGCCAGUGUACGAGCGGUCCACGCCGCAGUACUCCAGCCCGGUGCCGCAGUACGCCCAGUUCGACACGCCGUCGCACAAGCCCGCGCACGAGGAUGCGCUGCCGCCCAUGCCCAGCUGGCAGAACGCGGUGACGCGCCGAGUCGAAGACCCCUCGCAGGACGUCGAGAUGCACAACCUCCACCCGACCACGGGCCAGACGCUGGGCACGACCACGCGCUCCCGCAGCGGCUACUACGAAGUCCCGUCGCAGCCCAGCUCGCCGCGCUUCGCCCCCGACCCGUACAGCGCCGGUGCCGCCCGCACCAAUCAGAAUCACCACCCAUACGCGGAGCAGCCGCCGUACGCGCGGUCGCCCAACGCGUCGCCGUCGCCGUCGCUGCAGCAGGCCUACUCGCCGUACUCGGCUGCGGGGCGGCAGUCGCCGUACUCGGCUGCGGGGCGGCAGUCGCCGGGCUACGCUGCCUACUCCCCAUCGGUCCCGUCGUCCCCGCCGCCGCCGUUCUCGCCCACUGCACCCGGGCGGCAGACGCCGGGGCUGCUGCAGGCGGGGCGGAAGCCGGUUGAGAAUUCGUGGAAAGAGGUGUAG